AUGAAUGCAGCGUCAGCACGGCUGCAGAGGAGCGACCCCGAUCCGCUCCGGCGAGCUCCCGAGGCCGCCGCCAUGGCCGCGGAGAGCUGCCACUCCCGCAGCAUCUCGUGGUUCGUCAAGUCCUGCAUCCCCGCUGACCCCUCCCGUCACAUCUCCGUCCCCGUUCCCAUGCCCGUCCCAAUCACCGCCCCUGCCGGUGCUCCGUCCACUACCACCUUCUGCUGCCCCGCCCAACCACCGCCGCCCAUCUCCUCCCUGCCCGACGACCUCAUCCUCGAGUGCCUCGUCCGCGUGCCGCGAGCCUCCCUCCCGCCGCUCCCCGCCGUCUGCUGCCGCUUCGCCGACCUCCUCGCGUCCCACGCCUUCCUCCAGCUCCGCCGCGCGCGCGGCCUGCUCCAGCCGUCCCUGCUUGCCCUCUCCGUCUCCGACCACGGCGGCGCCGCCUUCGCCCAGGCCCUGCUCCAGUUCCGCCCAGGCCAGCCGCAGCAGGUCCAGGUCUCCGCGCUGCCGCUCCCGCCGGCCCUGCUGCACUGCGGCGGGUCCGUGUUCGCGCACGCGCGCGCCGUCGCGCUGGGCCGCGACAUCUUCCUCGUCGGCCGCGGCGCCACGCUGCGGGUGGACGCGCUCACGGGCGCGGCGCGCGCCUGCGCGCCCACGCUGUUCCCGCGCAAGAAGUUCGCGGCGGCCGCCGUGGGCGGCCGGAUCUACGUCGCCGGCGGCUCCGCGCGGACGGCCGCGGUCGAGGAGUACGACCCGGCGGCCGACGCGUGGCGCGUCGUCGCGGACGCGCCGCGUAGGAGGUACGGGUGCGCCGGGGCCGGGGCGGGCGGCGUGCUCUACGUCGCCGGCGGGGUCGCCGUGUCCGGCGACGGCGCGCGGGCGCUCGAGGCGCGCGUGUGCGCCGGGUCCGUCGACGCGCUGCACGUGGCGUCCGGCGCCUGGGCGCGCCCGCGGGCGCUCCCCGGCGGCGGCUGCGUGGUGGGCGCCUGCGGCGUCGGUGACCAUCUCUACGUGGUGGCCAGCCACGCCGUGGAGCUCUCCUUCUGGAGAUGGCACGGCGGCGCCGGCCGUGGCAGCGACCUCAGGGCUGGCGGCGGGUGGGUCGCGCUGGAGGCGCCGCCCAUGCCGAGGGGAUCGGUGGGGCUUGGCAUGGCGGUGCGUGUGGCGAUGGCUGGCAUCGGGCUUGGGACCGUGACAGCCGUGAUGAGCGCGGCGGCCGUGAGGGGCCACAACGCGGCGGUGGCCUGCCCGUUCGAGGGGAUGGUGCUGGCCUACGACAUCGCCGGCGGCAAGUGGAGCCGAGCGCCUGACCUGCCGCACGGGUUCCGGCGGGCCGCCUGCGCCGGCGUCGAAUGCUGA